AUGAAGUUGUCCGUCUGUUUUAUAGUGUUUUCUGUGGUUCUUUAUGUUGGGGCAAGUGAUCCCGCUCCCGUUGAAAGCAAGACACCAGUCAAUGGAUCGAUGAAAGGGAUAAAUGAAAACGGUAUCGAGUUGCUUCUGGCGAAGCUGGAAGCCAUGGAGCAUAAAUUUGAGGUGAUGCAAAACGAAUUGCGCCAGUAUCAAUCCAGCCAGGAACAAAACCGAAAGGAAACGUUUGCCGCGCUUCAAAAACUCGACCAUGACGUCGCGCUAGUGAGUUCCUUGCUGAAGCCGAACCAAUCCGUAGAGCAGCAGGAUAAUUGCAUCACACCAAUGGAGGAUUGGACAACAACGGAGGAUAGUUUUACAACAAUGGAGGAUAGUACAUCACCUUCACCACCAACAUCACCACCGAUGCCAUUAAAGGAACCACCCUUUUCCUCGUGCAGAGAUGCACCUCAUCAGGUGUCGGGAGUAUAUCAGAUUCGUGUGAAGAACGAUAGUGCACCGUUCCAAGUGUAUUGCGAGCAGAAAUUGUUCGAUGGCGGAUGGAUAGUAAUCCAGCACCGUUACGAUGGCUCCUUGGACUUUUAUCUUGAUUGGGAUGCGUUCCGGGACGGGUUUGGUAAUUUGGCAAAAGAGUUUUGGUUGGGCUUGGAGAAAAUUCAUCAGAUAACAAAGGGCCGUAGGCAUGAGUUGCUAGUUGAGAUAAGGGAAUUUAAUGGAAUCUACGCGUACGCGAGAUACGAUGCGUUUGAAGUAGGUAGCGAGGAUGAACAAUUUGCGCUAAAGGAGCUUGGAAAGUAUAGUGGAACUGCAGGAGAUGGAAUGUCAGAUAACAGAGGGAAAAAGUUUUCUACCAAGGAUCGUGAUAACGACGGGUACACCGAUGGCCAGUGUGCUCAUUUUAAUGAAGGAGCCUGGUGGCACAGCAUGUGUACCCAUGCGAACUUGAACGGACCAUACAGAAAUGCUCGUACCUCAAAGAACAUGUUUUGGUACGAUUUCAUAAAGAACCAUCAUGGAUUGAGCUUCUCAAGGAUGAUGAUUAGGGAGCAGGAAUAG